AUGGACCCCAGUGACCCCAACAAAGACUUUAUAACAGUCAAGAGCACGCUCCCGACACUCCCAUUCCCCUCGAACAGCGAGCGCGCCAUCCUCACCACAGACCGACUCCUCAUCCGACCACUCGAGCCCACCGACCUGGACGGCCUGCACGCCCUCCGCACCCAGCCAGACGUCAUGCGAUGGACGUCCACCGGCCGCGUCGACCAGAACCUCGACGAAACCCAACAGAAACUGGCCCCCUUCCUCGCGCCCAACGACGCCGCCACCUUCAACUGCGCCAUCUGCGCUCGCCCCUCCGGCGACAUGGUCGGCAUCGGCGGCGUCCAUCUGUACCCCGGCGCGCACGGCUGGCCCGAGCUCGGGUACAUGCUCCGCCGCGAGGUCUGGGGGCGCGGCCUUGCGUCGGAGUUUGUGCGCGCGUGGCUGACGGCGUGGGAGGCGCUGCCGCGGGAAGAGCGUGUUGUGCGCGUGCAUCGGGCGACGGUGCCCGAGGCUGCCGAUGCGGAUGGGGAUGGGGAGGGUGCGGUGCGCGAGCGGCUCGUCGCGGUGGUCGAGGCGAGCAAUGUCGCCAGCCAGAAUGUCCUGCUCAAGGCCGGGUUCUCCCGGCAGGGGGAGUAUACGGAGGGCUACUCCGCCGGAACAGCCACUUGA